AUGCGUCGACGCCGAUCAACGCGCUCCGUCAUCAAACUCCUCGCAGCCGCGGCGGUAGCGACGGCAUCCAUCGUCAGCCUCGUGCGGCCUCGUGCGGCUUUCGACCCGACCGCGGAAUUGCCGCUCUGCGAGGACAUCGAGGAGAUCGACACGAGGGUGCUCGCCCAGCCGCCAAGGCGAGGUAAUGCGCCGGAGCAGCUCAUGGACUUCCUCAGGACGUAUAAAAACGAGCACCGCCCGGGCGACGAAGACGACGACGACGACGAAAAGGAGCCGGGCCCGGUGGCGGCAGGAUUAGACACGUAUGCGGGUGAGUGGUACUCCCGCGACGCGGGCGGCACGUUCGUGCUCGCGUUCACGGACAACCCGAAGCCCCACCUCGAGGCGAUCCGCCGGCGGCGGCCGCCGGAGACCGGUGACUGGCCCGUCGACGUCGUUCGGGCCCCCCACACCCACUCAGAGCUCAAGGCCGCCGAGAAGAAGGUCGACAAAAUGUUCGAAAAGUUGCGCGGUCGCCCAAAUUUGAAGAGCUAUGCCUACGCUUCCGACCCGCAGCGCAGUCGCGUCGAAAUCAGCCUGUCAGGAUACACCUUCGAAGAUAUGGCCGCGAUGGCCAACGCGCUCGACGACGAGGCCCACGGAAAGGUCUGUCUCUGGGGGCGCCCGUCGAUACGGGUGCCGACGCUUGAGGACCGGUUGCUGGCCCGGUUCGCUCCGAUGGCCGACGCCGUCGACGCCGAUUCGAAGCCGGUCGGGGUGUGGCUCCGCAAUUCCGACGGCUAUGGCGGGAGGCAGGGGUUACGCCUCGCCCUCCCCAAAGGCCUCAGAACGGUGGAAAUGCGCCUCGACAGGACGAACCCGCCCGACCCGGAUUCCACCACCCUGCACCUGCUCGUGAGGCAGAGCGGUUGCGGCAGCGGCAGGAGCGGCGUCGAGCGCAUGCCGAAGCCCGAGGUGAUCGAGUCCGCCACCGAGAUCCGCAUCGCCAUGGGCGUGAUCCCGCCGGAUGGCGCGGUGGCGUGUCCAGGCCACCCGCUCGACCCGAUCAAGAUUGAACUCGCCGCCCCGAUCGGCCGGCGGAAGAUCGUCGACGGGCUCAUAGUGCCCCCGGAGCCCCUCGAGUUCAUGCGUCUGCGGAGGGGAUCGAGGCGUGAGCUCGAUGACGCGUCGACUCGCCGCGACGACGCGGUCCGGCGAAGGCGCCUGGCUCAAGGCGCCACUCCAAAAAGGGGACUCCCUCGACUCCGACCGCAUCGGCGCGAUGCCGUGACGUCCCCAGGACUGCCGCUCGACCUCUGCCAGGACAUUGUUCCGACCUCAUACAGCCAUGCUGAGCUCACUGAAGCCCAGCAGAGGGUGAGUUCAAUGAUGAGGCAGUUCUUCGAGAGGAAAAACGAUGAUACAUUAAUGGCCGGCUGGUAUGUAGGGGGGAGCAAUCGCGUCCAGAUCGAUAUUACGUGCCCUGGCCACCCCACCGUCGAGGAGAUAUCCGCAAUGGCCGACGCGCUCGACGACGAGUUCCACGGAAUGGUCUGCGUCGAGGGGCCCCUGUGGGACGGCUCAAUCCGGCUGCCGACGGUCGACGACCGGUUCGCUCCGAUGGCCGACGCCGGCGCUAACCCGCUCGUGGAGUGCGACGACGACGAACGCGUCCCGGAUUCAAAGUAUACCGGCGACUGCGGGGAUGCUCAAGAGGUACGCCUCGUCCUCCCCGACUUCAUCGGCGAGGUGGAAAUGCAAUUCGACCGGCGGAAUCCGCCCGACUCGGACUCGACUACGCUGCACCUGCUCGUGACGCAGAAGGCCUGCGCCAGCGGCAGGAGCGGCGUCGAGCGCAUGCUGAAGCCCGAGGUGAUCGAGUCCGCCACCGAAAUUCGAGUCGCGAUGGGCGUGAUCGCGGGGUGUGGCGGGAGGUGUCCAGGCAACCCCUUCGUCCCGAUCACGAUCAAGCUCGCCGCCCCGAUCGGCCAGCGGAAGAUCGUCGACGGGCUCUUUUUGCCCCCGAGGCCCCUAUGGCCCAAGAGCCUUAGAAUCGCCCGGCCCUAUCGGCGGAAUCUCGUUAUCUAUGCGCCUUGGCGUUCGCGCUGGCGGCUUGCGAUGGCGAGGGCGGCGAUGGCGGUGCGGCGAUGGCGACGCGCGAACGCGGCGUGGCACUGGCGCGCGCGAGAUACGCCUCCUAAGUCCCCGACACACACGCCACGCCGCGCAUCAUAAAAAAACAGUAACCGCCAUUGGGCGGUGAGUCACGGCGGUCUUGUCGAUGUGGGGGGCGCGAGGGAAGGGGUGGCGGCGCGCGCGACUGGCUCGCGCACGAAAUGCCGGGAGGGGGUAUGGGGAGAUUCCUGA